GGCGCCUCCCGCGCGGGCCGUCGCCGCCAAUCCCGGCCUGCCUGGGGCCCGUUUCCAGGACGCCUUCCCGGCCCGCACGCACCCAUUGGGCAGAUCGAACGUGAGCGCGACGGCGAUUGGCUGGGCGGCAAGAGCUUUGCAACAUUCAAACUUCUGCUGCAGCAAUAGCAGCAGCUUCUCGGGCUGCAAAGGAGCGGCGGAGCGAGAGCGAGAGCGAGAGCGCCCGGCCGGCCUUCUUCCUUCCCUCCCUCUCUGGGCAACGGGUGACCCGCCGCGCCCCCUGCCAUGGCCUCGCAGAACACCGACCCCGGCGCUGCCGCUCGCGCCUCCAGGAAGGCGGCCGAGACUGGCGGCGGCGUCGCCCGCGGCUCCGUCCGCAGCAGGCUGCAGCAGGAGCUGAUGACCCUGAUGAUGUCUGGAGACAAAGGAAUCUCAGCCUUCCCUGAGUCAGACAAUCUCUUCAAGUGGAUUGGGACCAUUCAUGGAGCAGCUGGGACGGUGUACGAGGACCUGAGGUACAAGCUGUCCUUGGAGUUCCCCAGCGGGUACCCUUACAAUGCCCCCACUGUCAAAUUCCUCACUCCCUGCUACCAUCCCAACGUGGACCUGCAGGGUAACAUCUGCCUGGACAUCCUCAAGGACAAGUGGUCGGCUUUGUACGAUGUCCGGACCAUCCUGCUUUCCAUCCAGAGCCUGCUGGGAGAGCCAAACGUUGAGAGUCCCCUCAACACAGAUGCUUCAGACCUCUGGAAGAACCAGGCAGCCUACAAGAAAUACCUUCAUGAAUCGUAUGCAAAGCAUAUGAAGAGCCAGGAAACCUGAUACUCUCCUCCCCGCCCGCUCCCGUUGCUCUCUUGUGUCUCCACCCUGGUGGUGUGCCGUCUCCCCACCCCUUCCCUUCUCCCCUGGAAUGCUCUGUGUAUGAAUGCCACACUGUAUUAUAGACUGUUUUUAAAUUUAUUUGGCAUUUUGUCCUGUGGGUUAAUGUAUAAAUAAACAGGUAUUCUUUUUCUAAA